AUGCUCGCCCGCACCCUCCGCGCCCGCAGCGCCGCGCGCGGCCUGUCCUUCUUCCGCGCGUACUCAACUCCCAACGACCCCGUCAAGCGCGACGUCCCGCAAACCGUGUCUGAGACCAAUGCCACGCCCACCUCGUCCGAGGGCGCCUUCGACAAGGUCCUGCAAGAAAGCGUAGCCAAAGCGGAGCAAUUGCGCACCACGCAGGCGCCCAACUACAAGGGCACAUGGAGUACGAGCCAGCAGGCGCGGGCUGUGGCUAUGCAGGGACCGCGGUUUGAGCAGACCAUCAUAGAGGACCAGCCGCGCCCGUACGCCGCUAUCGACUUGAUCCACAAGCAGCCCGUCCGCUGGACCCACGACCGCGUUGUCUCCUGCGACGGUGGAGGCGGUCCUCUUGGCCACCCCCGCAUUUUCAUCAACGUAGACAAGCCCCAGAUCUGCGCCUGCACCUACUGCGGUCUGCCUUUCGCUCACGAGCACCACCGCGCAACUCUCGAGGCCAUCCCGGAAUCGCAGCUCUCGUACCCGCUCGCACCCAAGGGCGACCCCGCCGAGGUGGACGCGUCGCAGAGGAUCACAAACGAGCCGCUUGGACAGCGGUAA